GGGGGACCCGGGACCGGCCAGUGUUGCCCCCGUCAGUGUGCUGAAGCGCUUGUCUGUUGUUUCAAGUCGGUGGUUUAGAGAGCAAGUAGCCGUGUCGCGUUGAGCGGGGCUGAAUCGGUGAGAUGAGUCUCAAUUUGGAAAAGCAUUUAAACCCAAAGAAGCAGGUCGAGCGACCCAAGAAGGAGUUUGUCCAGUUUGCCAACGAGAAAGAACGUCUGCGAUGGCAGGUCAACAAGCUCAUGGAGCACCCGGAGCGGGAGUACGAGCUUCCCGAGCCGCCGCGCGAUGCCCGGGCGCCAAAGAUCCUCGAGUUUAAUCCCAACAUCCACGGAUCAACGGCCGGUGCCGGCAGUGGUGAAUUUCACGUGUAUCGCGCCGAGCGUCGUCGCGAGGAACGGCGUCAAGAGUACAUUGAUAGCAAGGAAAAGGAGCGCGCGGCCGAGCUGGCCUUUUCCGUCAAGGAGGCCGCUCUCAAGGCCGAGGCUGAUCGAAAGACGUCCAAAAAUCGCGCCAAGCGCCAAAAGGCCAAGCUGCGCAAACUCCAGGCUCGUGCCGGCGAAAAGGAAGAGGGAGAUGAUGGCCGCUUGGCCGCGGCCAUUAUCAAAAAGGCCAAAACCACCAAGUAGUCAAAUUGCCAACAAGCUCAUGACAAGGCAGAUCAGUACGCUUUGGACUCAUGCUUUUUGAUUUUACAUGUGGAAGCAAGUUUACGGCCAUCCUUAAACGACGAUAAUUGACCUUGACGCGUG